AUGGGCAUUGGAAUUCUUGAUGCUAUGGUCCCAUCAGCAAUUAUCGAUGCAGAUACUGCUGAACUUGCAAAAUUCUCUCGUGAAGUACGCGGAAGUUUUCCACCAGCAGUACGUGGUUUGGUUAAGGCCAGUUGUCAAAUGAUCGCUCAAUGUUGCCCAACAAUUCGAUCGCAAAUUUUAUCAUUCUCUUUAUCUGCCGACAGAGAUGGUUUAAUGGAACAAUGUUUCGGGAAGAAAGAUUCACCUAAUUAUCGUGCCAACGUUGGAGCUUGUCCAGCGAUUGGAAUGAUGAUGAAGAUGUCUCAAGAGCCAGAUGUCAUCAAAUUUUUAAGCAUUGACAAAUCCAAGUUAGUCUUUGGCAAAACAUUAGGACAAACAAUCAGCGAUGUUUGCUCAGCAGAUGAUGUUAUGUCGAUUGUGUGUGAAGCAGAUAAGAAUAACAUAUUACCGACAUGCCAACGAAGAGUAUUGGAAAAUUUAGCUAAAAUGAACACUGAUCGAGUCUACCAGGAAAAGAUCGCCUAUAUGAAGAUGAAGGGUAAAGAAUAUGGCACUGUUAUCAAGCAAACAUUUAGUUAA